UCUCGGAUGCGGCUAUGCUGCUCUCAAGGAACCCCCCAGCCCCCCUUGGGUGUACUGUUCUGCAGUUCGGGAGGGGAGGUCUAAGACUCUCUGAGUUUGGAGUCUAGCUCUGCAGCUAACAAUUUGAAAGACUGAGCAGGUUUCUUUGUUUGUAAAAUUAUCCCGUCAUAGCUUUAUGAAAAUGCCUAAAUUUGAAAAUGGAGCUAAAAGAUAUCUACUUACAGAUAAUAUUGUGAAAUUAAAGGAAUUUCAGCAUAAGAAGGUGGCUGUUGCAUGUAAGCUUACCGGCACCAAAGAAACCUAUUUGAGAAACUUGGAGGAGAAACUGACCCAGAAUAAGCUCAUCUUGAAAGAGGAGUUGAGAACCUUGCUUCAUUUGUGUGACUCCCGGGAUGAUGUGGAGCUGGCUAAAAAUGUCAUUUACAGGUACCAUGCAGAGAACAGGAAUAUCACUGUGGGGGAGUACAAGUUUGGACCACUUUUCAUGAGGCUGUGCUAUGAGUUGGAUCUUGAGGAAUCUGCAGUGGAGCUCAUCAAAGACCAGCAUUUACAAGGUUUCUUCUCAGACUCCACAUCAUUCAAUAUUUUGAUGGAUAUAUUAUUUACCAAAGGCAAAUAUAAAACCCACUCCUGGCUUUUGGCAGGUGCCUUGGAAGUACUGAUUGAGAUGAAAAACCAAGAUGUGAAGUUCAACAAAGAUACCUACAUCCUUGCUUUUGCAAUUUGCUACAAACUGAAUAGCCCUGAAUCUUUUAAAAUCUGUACCACAUUAAGAGAAGAAGCCCUAAUCAAAGGAGAAAUCCUCUCCAGGAGAGCUUCCUGUUUUGCAGUGGCAUUAGCUCUGAACCAGAACGAGCUGGCAAAAGCUAUAUCCGUUUUUUCUCAAAUCAUGAAUCCAGAAAGCAUAAUCUGCACUAAUUUAAAUAUUAUGAUCCAUAUCCAGUCAAAUAUGUUGAAAACCCUGAUAGAUAUACUACAGGAUGCUGCAGAGGAAAAUCUAUCAAGGUUUGUGAAAAAACAUGUGUUCUCAGAAGAAGUGCUUGUCAAAGUGAGGGAAAAAGUGAAGGAUGUGCCUGCUCUUCUGGCCAGAUUUGAUAAGCUGUGUGGGAAGCUGCACAUAAAUGGCCAGGUCACCACUUACAGUUUGGAUGCUCUGCUCUGCCACAUCCCCAGAGACAGGGGGUCCCACACGGUGCUAUUAAAGCAGAGGACAGUCAGCCGUCGGACCUUCCAGCCCCUCAGCCAGUCCCUGUGGGCUGAGUAACCCUGGGAUCAAACCGCCUGUGGGUCUGAGUUGGAGGGGGCCUGCUUCUAGUGGAUUUUUGGCUUCCUAAGAAAUCAGGCAUCGUACUCCGGUGGACAGUAUACUAACUAACACUUGUCUCCUUCUUAAACUUCCAAGAUCACUGAGUGCUGGCUACUGCCUUGAGCCAAUUCAUAUGUUAUACCACCAUAAAGGUCUAGAUAUAGGCAAGCAGAAAGCUCGGCUCCCGCAGGAAGGAGGCUUCCCCUUGUCAAGGGCUGAGGAUCCUUGAAGGAACAUGAUCACAGUUUCCAGUCCAGCUUCCAGGACCAGAGUAGAACCCAAUAAGCACUAGCAGGAAGGAAUUUCACUAUAAGUGGCCAACUCCGACUAAUUUUCAGGGGAGUAGUAACCUGCAGAUUAUACCCUCGCUGAAUUCAGGAGGUCUGAAACCCUACCCUACCAUGCUGGGAAAUAGCCCAGGAUUUUCUCACUGUUUCUGUCAUCAUUUACCUGUGACCCUAGACAAGAUACUUGAGUGCUCGUUUUUCCAUCUGUAAAAUAAUAGUGCCUAUGUGAGUCUGCAUAUUGAUUUGAAAUUUUCAUUCAAGGUUCAGUAGGGUCAAGUUUUCUCAAAAAUAAGAGAAAUUAAAAGCUUCCUGAGAAAACUUGUUUUCUCAGCAGAACAAACAAAACCAGAAUUUAACUCUCAGAACUGAUAAAUAAGCCAAAAUUUUAAUGGUUACCACUUUGGUCAUGGGCAGUCCAUGUGCUUUUCAAAAUAAAUGCUGAUAAAA